AUGGGAAACGCUGCCACAGCCAAGAAAGGCAACGAGCUAGAGAGCGAGACAUUUGUGAAAGAGUUUCUAGCCAAAGCCAAAGAAGACUUCUUACGCAAAUGGGAAUGCCCCGCACAGAGCACAACGUGCCUAGACGACUUUGAGAGAAUAAAAACCCUAGGUACGGGCUCCUUCGGAAGAGUCAUGCUCGUCAAACACAAAGGAACAGAGCAAUACUACGCCAUGAAGAUCCUGGACAAGCAGAAGGUGGUGAAACUCAAGCAAAUAGAACACACGUUAAAUGAGAAGAGGAUAUUACAGGCCGUGAGCUUCCCCUUUCUCGUCAAACUCGAGUAUGCCUUUAAGGACAACUCCAACUUGUACAUGGUGAUGGAGUACGUUCCUGGUGGGGAGAUGUUUUCACACCUAAGACGAAUUGGCAGGUUUAGUGAACCACAUGCAAGGUUUUAUGCUGCCCAAAUAGUGCUGACGUUUGAGUACCUCCAUUCGCUAGAUCUCAUUUACAGAGAUCUAAAACCAGAGAAUCUCCUCAUCGACCACCAUGGCUACAUUCAGGUGACAGAUUUCGGCUUUGCCAAGAGGGUAAAAGGUCGGACCUGGACGUUGUGUGGGACACCGGAGUACUUAGCACCAGAAAUUAUUCUCAGCAAAGGCUACAACAAGGCAGUAGACUGGUGGGCCCUGGGAGUCCUCAUCUAUGAAAUGGCAGCCGGCUACCCUCCGUUCUUUGCGGAUCAGCCCAUUCAAAUCUAUGAGAAAAUUGUGUCUGGAAAGGUACGAUUCCCUUCGCACUUCAGCUCAGACUUGAAGGACCUCCUGAGGAACCUGCUGCAGGUGGAUCUGACCAAACGCUAUGGAAACCUGAAGAACGGCGUCAGCGACAUCAAGGGACACAAAUGGUUUGCCACAACGGACUGGAUCGCCAUCUAUGAACGAAAGGUGGAAGCUCCAUUCAUACCAAAGUGCAGAGGUCCAGGGGACACCAGCAACUUCGACGACUAUGAAGAGGAAGAGAUCCGCGUUUCUGUAACGGAAAAAUGUGCUAAGGAAUUUGCAGAGUUUUAA